AUGGACGGAUUCAGGCAUGUAUUCCUUACUCCAUCAGACGGUAGCUUUUCGGCGCCCCAGGGAGCUUGUGCAGCGACAUGGCAAACAGGCAACAUUGCAGAAGCGAUGGAGGCGCUUUCUCUAUUGUCCUCACGUAGCUCCGAAAGUAAAGGCAAAGAAUGGACAUUUUGGGGAGGCCGUGCAUCUGUAGCAGGAGAUCGUGGUGAGGCCGAUAGAGGGGUCGCUAGCAGGGGAAAAAGCGUAGAAAUGCCGAAUGGCCGGCGUUUGCCAGAAGUUGAGCAGCUGAUGCCCCGGUACCCUCGAGUGCGCCCUGGCAGGAAUUCGCCACUGGAGCAAUUGCUACGUGUCUCGCCACAAGGCUUGGCUCAGCUUCUGGUAGGCCACCCGGAUAACUACCGGUUUGGAAACCCCGCACUGCACGAUGUUUUUGUAGCAUCUACAGUUGGAAAGAGGCUUCAGACAAAGGGAUCACCACCCCUGGUGAAGACUUCAGACGGUGAACGCCAAAUACACGUGUGCUCGUCUAAUCGAGGUUUAAACGGACAAGCCGAAAGCCCCUUAGCAUUGCAGAAUGCCCUUGUAGCAAUGCUUCACCUCCAGGCCCAAGGUGGGGUGCAGCGAAUGCCUGUAUUCCCUAAAAGGAACCUUUUGUGCCUCAGCAUUUUAAAGAUGGGCUCAUGCCCCAACAGGAGGAUCUGCAAUUAUGCACACAAUAUGAGGGAGCUUCAGAAGAAACUGGAGCUACGCAAGACAUCGUUGUGUAAAUACUGGCUAAAGGGAAAAUGCGAGAACGAAGACUGCAACUUCGCGCACGGGGAGCACGAACUGCAAUCCACUGUCGGAGUCUUCAAGACAACUAUCUGCAAAUAUUGGAAGCACGGGUGCUGCUAUAGUGGAGAGUUUUGUAGACACGCCCAUGGUGACGUGGAUCUUAGGCCAGAAAAUCUCCCUCCUCACUUGAAGAAGAAGCAGCAGCGGUGUUCACGACUGGCUGAGCAAGGGUCAGCAGGGCAUAGGAAGGAGCGUGGUGGAGAAUGCGAACCGGGUGCCAAGCGGGAUGAUAAGUCGAGUGAGCAUAACGAGGCAACGUUGGAUUGCUUUCAGCACUUCAUAUACGAUGGACUUCUGUGUAACACAGGAGCAGAAAUGUCCACGCAAUCCCUUGAACGAGUGCAUUAUGAUGUAAACAAUGCAAAGCAAUGGGCUACGCAGAACUCCAACAGCUCUGAUCUGUCGACAGACAUUUUGCUUUCAUCAGCUUGCGAGUCCCCCAGAUGCGCGCCCUCCCGUAGUGAGACAGAUACCUCAUGUGCUUCAGCGUGGAGUUUAUCCCAAGAACGCAGCCUUGUCUCCUCUACAGAUGCGGUCGUGGGCGCGGCGUUUGGUAUAAAAGGAGUGUUACAUCAAUACAGCUGUCAGGCAACAACCCUCUAG